GGCGGUGAGAGUAGAAUGGCAGGUCCUGACGCCCUGCUGGAGGACUUGGAGUCCACCACCUCCCACAUCUCCAAACGGCCCGUGUUCUUGUCGGAGGAGACUCCCUACUCCUACCCAACUGGAAACCACACGUACCAGGAGAUUGCGGUGCCGCCCCCGGUCCCUCCACCCCCGUCCAGCGAGGCCCUCAAUGGCGCGCUCCUUGACCCCUUAGACCAGUGGCAGACCAGCGCCCCCCGAUUCAUCCACCAGCAGCCCCAGCCCCUGCCGCCCGCCUACGGCUCCAGUGCCAAACCGUGCAGCGCCUCCACCCCCCAGGACGGCCUGGGACCUCCGUGCGCUCGGGCCGGUGAGGAAGAGCACGUCUACAGCUUCCCCAACAAGCAGAAGUCGGCUGAGCCUUCACCCACCGUGAUGAGCUCCUCUCUGGGCAGCAACCUUUCGGAACUGGACCGCCUGCUGCUGGAGCUGAACGCUGUGCAGCACGGCCCCUCGGGCUUCCCCGCAGAUGAGGCCAACUCGAGCCCCCCGCUGCCUCGGGCUCUGAGCCCUCACUAUGGCACCCCGGAGAAUAACAGCCUGCUGGCGGGCAGCGCCGGGCCCCUGAUGAAAGAGAAGCCCAAGCGGAACGGGGCCCGGGGCCUGGAGGACGUGCGGCCCAGCGUGGAGAGUCUCCUGGACGAGCUGGAGAGCUCCGUGCCCAGCCCCGUCCCUGCCAUCACUGUGAGCCAUGGCGAGAUGAGCAGCCCCCAGCGCGUCACCUCCAGCCAGCAGCAGACACGGAUCUCGGCCUCCUCUGCCACCAGGGAGCUGGACGAGCUGAUGGCCUCCCUGUCGGAUUUUAAGAUCCAGGGCCUGGAACAAAGAGCAGAGGGAGAGCUGUGCUGGGCGGCUGGCUGGCCUCCGAGUGGCAGGCAGAGCAGCCCCGAAGGGCAGGACGAGGGAGGGUUCAUGGCCCAGGGGAAGACAGGGAGCAGCUCUCCCCCCGGGGAGCCCCCAAAGCCCGGGAGCCAGCUGGACAGCAUGCUGGGGAGCCUGCAGUCCGACCUGAACAAACUGGGGGUUGCCACAGUCGCCAAGGGAGUCUGCGGGGCCUGCAAGAAGCCCAUCGCCGGGCAGGUGGUGACAGCCAUGGGGAGGACGUGGCACCCCGAGCACUUCGUCUGCACCCACUGCCAGGAGGAGAUCGGGUCCCGCAACUUCUUUGAGCGGGACGGGCAGCCCUACUGUGAAAAGGACUACCACACCCUCUUCUCCCCGCGCUGCUACUACUGCAACGGCCCCAUCCUGGAUAAAGUGGUCACAGCCCUCGACCGGACGUGGCACCCCGAGCACUUCUUCUGUGCCCAGUGCGGCGCCUUCUUCGGGCCUGAAGGGUUCCACGAGAAAGAUGGCAAAGCCUAUUGCCGGAAGGAUUACUUCGACAUGUUCGCACCCAAGUGUGGCGGCUGCGCCCGGGCCAUCCUGGAGAACUACAUCUCGGCCCUCAACACCCUCUGGCACCCUGAGUGCUUCGUGUGCCGGGAAUGCUUCACGCCGUUCAUCAACGGCAGCUUCUUCGAGCACGACGGGCAGCCCUACUGCGAGGUGCACUACCACGAGCGGCGCGGCUCGCUGUGCUCCGGCUGCCAGAAGCCCAUCACCGGCCGCUGCAUCACCGCCAUGGCCAAGAAGUUCCACCCGGAGCACUUCGUCUGUGCCUUCUGCCUCAAGCAGCUCAACAAGGGCACCUUCAAGGAGCAGAACGACAAGCCUUACUGUCAGAACUGCUUCCUCAAGCUCUUCUGCUAGGGCCCUCGUCCCUCCAGCUGCCCUGUCCCCUGGCCCAGCCUCCCCAACCGCUACUGUGACCCAGAGGCCUCGCCCAGGGCUGCAGGGCCAAGCCCGACUGGAACUGGAACCCGUGUCCUGGCUGUGCAGGGUGGCAAGAGGGCUCAAAGGGUGCCCCCUGCUUUUCAUCCUCUGCCAGGGCCUCUGGGCCUCCCCCUCCUCCUGCAGCUGUCCCCAGGCUGCCAGCUCCUCGUCCUCCCCGGAGCAGGGCUGGGGGCCCCACCCCACGAACCCGCCUGGCCUGGCCAGCACCCCACACUGGAGCCAUCUCUUACUCAUUUCGGCAGUGGAGCAGGGGGCGGGCAGGCAGGGUCAGAUGGGGUCUCUUUUUAUCUUUAUUUCCGUCCGACCAAAUUAUCCUUGUUCUGAGAAUCCUGGGGGACACCUUCCCUCCAGACAAAACCAGCAUCAACCCAUCCAUCCGAGGGCCGCAGUGCCCAGGGGCCACGGAAGGUUCCUGGUGCUCCUCCUGCCCUUCCAGUCGCCCCAGGCCGGGACCACUGCCCUGCCCAUCUCUGCUCUGAUUCUACUGAGACAGACUCUCCAGCAAUAAUGUUUAUAGUCAUUUCCUCCGUCUCGGACGGUGGGAGGGGGGCGUUUCACCUCGAGCCUGGACACUGUGCCGACUUUGAUAGAUUUCUACACUGAGGUUUGAAUUCCUGUCAUCGGAGUUGCUUUUACUUCUCUGUACAAAAUGAUUUUGAAGAGAUUUUAAAGACAUCCCCUUUUGUACUCCUUGUCCACGGCCACCGGUCCUGUGGGGCAGUGGCUGUGGGACAGGGUUCGCCUUGUACUGAGGGCUUGGGGUGGGGAAGCCAUUUGUAUUUUAUUUUUUCUUAGCAUAAGCAGGUGAAGUGGGAGCAGCUCUGAGACUCCCCUUCUUUCCUUCACGGCUCCCAGGACUGUUUUAUAAACUGCUGUAUUUUGAAAUCCCUUCCUUACUACCCAGGCCAGCAAGCUCUUAAUUGAAAUGGCCUACGGGUGUCUCGCCCCUUUGGGCCUAGGACUCUGAACCUCAUCUGUCCUGUUCCCUAGUGAGGAGAAGGGGAAAGGAUGCUUUGGGGGUGCUGUUUCCUGUCUAAGCCAUUAGGAGCAUCCGCUCCCCUGUGAACUCUUUGGCACCCAAGAGAACCCCCCCGAACACUCUCGCCUCCUCACUGCUUCUCCGGGCUCCUUCUGCCUCCUCAGGAAAGCUGGGAUCUGGUUUUGACCGUUGGUCUUGUUGAUUCCACUGGGCGCAUCACUUCCCCAGUCCCUGCCCUCCUUGGAAACGAGGUCUGGGGGAAGGGCCCGGCUUGUUGCAAGGCAGUCUGGGCAGAGGGUCGGAUCCGCUGAAGCCAUGGAAAGGCCCCAGAGCUUUGCUUUCUCCCCCAAGGAUGACACAGGAGCAGGCAGACCCGGGUUCCUGGCCAGCAGAGGGGGCCCCAGUGGGUCUACAGUGGGUGAGAUCCUAGCAGAGGCUCAGCGCGCUGGGGUUUCAGAUGAGGGUCCCUCCUUCAAGGCAGGGCUGGGAGCAGCCAGGUCUGGGCAGGUCAAAGGUCUGACGUCUCCACUUGCACCCAUAGGCCUUAUUGCUCUGUUUACAGUGACCCGCCCUAGACCCCACUCCUAGAGGGAAGGGUUUCUGGGGUCCAUCCUCUGGGUCAAUGGUUAUUUGAUGAAUUGAUUUUAAUUUUUUUCUCUGUAAACUUUUAACCUGGCUUUUCCUCAUUUCAAUUCCUGUGAUUUAUGCCAAUAAAGUUUGCCAUUAUUUUGACCUGU